GAGACAUGGAUGAACCUAGUUUGAGUUAAGGGGCUACAUUUUAGUGUGCCUACUUGGGUUUUAAGGCUGACGUGAACUCCAAGAGUUCAAUGAUAGUGACUAUUCACACACUUUGUCUGCCGUGCCUAGAAGAUCAAAUAAAGAGGCAACACUAACCUUGUGGCUGCCUGUGGAAAUUAGAUCAUCUCAGAAGAGCAGUGGGUACACAUGUUUGUCAUCAGGGGGCUCACAUGUGUCAUUGGCGGAUGGUGACAGAGACCUUGGCCCUUUGAGAUUGUUUCCCUAGACAGGAAAAGCAGAGAGCCUGGGAGAGCAGCACACGUGUGAACAUGAGCAUUUGACUCCUCUGUCUGCCAGAUCCCUAGAGCACCAGCUGGUAUUCCCACAGCCUGUUCCCUGAGCCUACUGAGUAGCAUCAUAAAGAGACCUGCUCCAGAAAGUGAAAGCCGGAUCCAGCUGCUCUCCUUGACUGUAACUGCACCAUCCUCAGGCUGUCAGUGUGGCCUCACCCUCUCCGGUCCUCCCCACUUGGUGUCAGCGAUGAGCUCCUGCAACUUCACGCAUGCCACCUUCGUGCUUAUUGGGAUUCCAGGACUCGAGGAAGCUCACUUUUGGUUUGGCUUCCCCCUGCUUUCCAUGUACGCUGUAGCAUUGCUUGGAAACUGCAUUGUGGUCUUCAUCGUGAGGACGGAGCGGAGCCUGCACGCACCCAUGUACCUUUUCCUCUGCAUGCUGGCAGCUAUUGAUCUGGCUUUGUCCACGUCCACCAUGCCCAAGAUCCUCGCCCUCUUUUGGUUUGACUCCCGGGAGAUUACUUUUGAUGCCUGUCUUGCCCAGAUGUUCUUCAUUCAUGCUCUCUCAGCAAUUGAAUCUACCAUCCUGCUGGCCAUGGCUUUUGACCGUUACGUGGCUAUCUGCCACCCACUGCGUCAUGCUGCUGUGCUCAACAAUACAGUAACAGUCCAAAUUGGCAUGGUGGCUUUGGUCCGGGGAUCCCUAUUCUUUUUCCCGCUCCCACUGCUGAUCAAGCGGCUGGCCUUCUGUCACUCCAAUGUGCUCUCCCACUCGUAUUGUGUCCACCAGGAUGUGAUGAAAUUGGCCUACACGGACACGUUGCCCAAUGUAGUCUAUGGUCUAACUGCCAUCCUGCUGGUCAUGGGUGUGGACGUCAUGUUCAUCUCCUUGUCCUAUUUUCUGAUUAUACGAACAGUUCUGCAACUGCCUUCCAAGUCAGAGAGAGCCAAGGCAUUUGGGACCUGCGUGUCACACAUUGGUGUGGUCCUGGCUUUCUAUGUACCACUUAUUGGCCUGUCCGUGGUGCACCGUUUUGGAAAUAGCCUAGACCCCAUUGUGCAUGUUCUAAUGGGGGAUGUCUACCUUUUGCUGCCUCCUGUGAUCAAUCCCAUCAUCUAUGGUGCUAAGACCAAACAGAUCAGAACACGGGUGUUGGCUAUGUUCAAGAUCAGCUGUGACAAGGACAUUGAAGCUGGAGGAAACACGUGACCUUUGCCAUUAUAUCGCCCUUGCCCCACAUAGCUUAAUGUAGUCAUUUCAUCACACCUGCUUAAUUCCAGUUAUCCAGAAGCACAUUAGUGCUUUUCCCUGAAUGGGAUAGUGAACUAAAUUAUGGUUUCUCUUCAUUGUGGCUAUAAUGUGAAAUAAUCUACAUCAAUGAAUAUUGUGUGGUUUAAAGGUUCAGCUAUAAAAUGAGACAUGUUGAUAAUAUUAAAUUUUUCAAAACUGUGAUUUGUGAUUUAAACUAACUUACUAGAUUUGUGUCUUGGAUAAACUAUGUUCAAAUUACUAAACAUUUUGUUUUAUUCCCCUUUACUUUGUCAUGAAGCUAUUGUUUAGCUGUUAGGUUUAACUUCUGAAAUGUAGAAUUUAAAGCUAUGGUAGGCAAGGGUUUUCUCAUUCACUUCAAGUUUAUUUAUUAUUCAUAGCUCCGGAGCAUAUCUAUGCCCUAAGUAGUAAUGCUUAUGAAUGUAUCGUGUAUACAUAACAUGUUUCAGGCAGCCUUUCUGUGAUCUCAUUCUUUUUCCAGGGAAGGUACCACUUU